UUGUGAUAUAGAAAUUUUAACAUUCAACAAUAUCAACAUUUAUUAUGAUAAAAUAAAUUAUAAAUAUUGCAUCAUAUAGACUUAUUAUGUACUGACGUAGUUAUUGGCAUUAUAAGUGAAUGGAGAGAAAAGCGAUUGACGGUAAUCAGAUUGAAUCACCAAUACUAUAUAGUAAAUGUAUUUGAUAAAAAAAUAAUUUCACCAAAAUUUUGAAUCUCUUGAAAAUGAGAUAUUUAAUAUAAUGAUGAAGUUUGUGAUGCAUCAAAUUUAAAGAUAUGCAAACAAUUGACAAUAAUGAAGACAUUGUAUAACAUUAAAACGAUAUAAAUAUCUUAUACAAUUUAUAUUUUUUUUCAAAAUUUUAUCUAUUAUACCCUCAUGUUUGAGGGCGGAUAAAUCCGCAUGACAAAUAUGAACUCACCGUUGUGGAUAAAAAUGAAGCAACAACAAUUAAUAGAUAUGAAUUAUCAAUGUUAAGAAAAAUAACUUUUACAUUGUUAUAAGAGCUAAAGAAUUAUGCUCAUGCAGAGAUGUUCUUUGGAUUCUCUCCUUUUGGGGUUUUGCUGUUAAUUAUAUGCUGAGAAUAAACUUAAAUAUAGCAAUAGUAGCAAUGAUCAUACCUAGAAGUAAAGCAGCAGCUGCAGUUGCUCAAUGUGCUAAUAUUUAUCCACUUUCUUUAAAUUAUCAAAAAAAUUUGACAACAAAUUUAUCUAUUCUCUCAACGUCUUCCAGUAUUGUUCUGGAGAGAAAACGAAUAGAACAUUUAUACGAUUGGGAUGAAUAUCAUCAAAGUUUAGCUUUAGGAGCUUAUUAUUGGUUACAUUGGAUAUCUCAAUUACCAGGAGGUCUUUUAGCAAGACGAUAUGGUACAAAACUGGUAUUUGGUUUGGCAAACUUAAUUCCAAGUAUUCUCGGGGUAUUUCUUCCUUUUGCGACUCGUUAUCAUUUAUAUGGUUUAGUAGUUAUUCGAGUUAUACAAGGUUUAAUUUCUGGUUCCGCUUGGCCAGCAAUGCACCAUAUGACAGCCCAAUGGAUUCCGUCCGUUGAAAGAAGUAAAUUUGUCAGCUCAUACUUUGGAAGCUCUGUAGGAGCAGCAGUUACUUAUCCUCUUUGUGCAUUGGUAAUUAAUUCAUUUGGAUGGGAGUCUGCUUUCUAUGUAACAUCAUUAAUCGCUUUUAUUUGGUACCUUUUUUGGAUUUUUUUGGUAUAUGAUUCUCCAAGUGUUCAUCCUAGAAUAUCUAAACAUGAAAAACAAUACAUCUUGGAAUCAACUUUGAAAACAGUGACAGACAAUCAAAAAGAUAUGAAUGUACCUUGGAAACAAUUGCUUUUAUCAGGACCACUUUGGAUUACGAUAGUUGGCCACUGGGGUGUUGUUUGGGGUUUUCUUACAUUUAUGACUCAAGCUCCAUCAUACUUUAAUUUCGUUCAUGGCUGGAAUAUAAAUGCGGCUGGAUUUCUAUCUGGUUUACCUCAUCUUCUAAGAAUGGGUGUUUCUUAUUCAUACAGUGUUUUUAGUGAUUGGUUAUUAAAAUCAGGAAAGAUGUCUUUAAAAAAUGUCCGUAAACUUGCAACACUUCUAGCUACUGGUGGAGGAGCAGUUCUUACUCUAGGAUUAGCUUUUAGUGGUUGUCAACCAAUAUUAGCAAUAUUUUUUAUGAUGGCUGGCACUGCAAUUAAUGGUGCAGUAUCUGCUGGCACUUUAGCUAACAUUGUAGAUCUCAGUCCGAAUUAUGCAAGUGUAUUAUUAGGAUUUUGUGGACUUGUCACUGCCGUUUCUGGUUUUAUAUCUCCAUUUAUCGUUGGAAUCCUCACUAAUCACAGACAAACUGUGGAACAAUGGAGGCUCGUUUUCAUAAUAGCAACAAUAAAUUUAACAAUAAGUGCUAUCGUCAACACAAUCUGGGCUACUUCAGAUAUUCAAUCAUGGAAUGAUUAUAGAGAAAAAGAAAAUAGUGAUGUUAAACUAGAAGAAUUAGAAAAUUUAAAUAUCAAAAAAUUAGAAAAAUUAGAAUCACAAUAAUAAAAAUGAACUAAAAAGACUUGGUUAUAGGAAAUUUAUCAGUUUGACAUUAAUAUAGAUAAUAAAUAAAUAGAGUAAUAUAUAGGAAAUGAGUUAUCACAAUGAAACUAGAACUUAUGAGAUUAAAUAAAAGAUUUAUUUGCAUAUAGCUUAAUUGUACUUGUUUAAUGAUAAUUUUUAAAUUGUAUUUACUUAUUAAGAUAUUUCAUACCGAUAGAAAUAAGGCAUUUAAAGUUGGGGAGUCAUUAAAGUUUAUUUAUACACAAUAGUAAUUCAGUUAAUUGCUGAUAAUAAUAAAUGUCUAUUGUUAUUCUUCAUAUCACGGUUAAAAAUCUAUGUGAGGAUAAAAUUGUGAAAAAAUUUAAUUUCUCCGUUCUUGACCUUCAUUGACUAUUACCUAUUAUACAUUCGAUUUUUUAUCUAGCAGAUUUUAUUGUUUGAAUUUGAUUUAUUUAUUGUCUACUAUCGUUUCCUAGGACAUUUUUGAUACUCGUCUAUUAUAGAAAAAGGUCAGCCUUUUUUUGUAAUAACACGUCGUGUCGCCAAUGCAAGAACGCUUAUAAUCUACAAAUAAAUGUUUGUUUAUAAAUGGAAUAUUUUAUGUAUUUAUAAAACAAAGUAAUACAUAUUUAAAUUGAUUUUUUUCUAUGUCCUUA